CGCUGAGGUUAGCUUAGGUACAUGUCGAUGAAAAUGUCGAAUGUUAUCGUGAGGUUACGCUUCAGCGGAUAUUUAAAAUCCCUUCGGUAUCUGUGGCAACGGCAAUACAGUACAGUAAUUGAUUCAACCAAGAUCAAGCAACAGAAUUUAGAAACUAGACAAAAAGAAAUCAUGGCACGUGGCCUUCCAAAACGGAAACACAUAAAAGAAGUGAAACAAAUUUUGCUUAUUGCCUCUGGUAAAGGUGGCGUUGGGAAAUCGACAACAGCUGUGAAUUUAGCAACUGCUCUAAAAAUUAUUGAACCAAGGAAGUCCAUUGGGUUGCUGGAUGCUGAUGUUUUUGGACCUUCUGUACCUCUGAUGAUGAAUAUACAUGAAUCACCUGCUCUAAAUCAAGAGAAUUUCAUGGAACCUCUUGUAAAUUAUGGUGUAAAAUGUAUGUCUAUGGGAUUUUUAAUUGAUGAGAAAUCACCAGUUAUUUGGAGGGGACUCAUGGUGAUGAGCGCAUUGGAUAAGCUAAUAAAUCAGGUAGCAUGGGGACCACUUGAUUACCUUGUUAUUGAUACUCCUCCUGGGACAGGAGACACACAUCUUUCUUUGAUUCAGACUCUCUUUAUCACUGGUGCGUUACUGAUAACGACACCGCAAAAAGUUGCGCUAGAGGUGACCAGAAGAGGUGCGAAUAUGUUCAAGAAGUUGAACAUUCCUGUCGCUGGUAUCGUGGAAAAUAUGAGCAGCGUUACUUGUCCAAGAUGUAUGACGGAAGUACCUCUCUUUGGUAACGCCACGCUCUCGCUAGCUAAAGAACUAGGUGUAGGUAUUUUACAGAAGAUACCAAUGCAUGAGAACAUCGCGGAAAGUUCAGAUAGCGGUAAACCGAUUGUCUUGACAGCACCAAAGAGCAGACAAGCAGAAGCUUAUAGAGAAUUAGCAGAAAAUGUUAUUAUAUUUUUAAAUAAGCAGGAAAUGAAUGAAGAAUGA